AGGCAGCAAAAUGAGAGGUGGUGAGAGAGGCGGGGAGUUCUUUCCCCACCCCUUUUGCUUACCUUUCGAGCUUGGCUCUUUCUCUCUGCUGCAACUGUGACUGCGGUUAGAGGUGACCUCGAGGAGCAGAAACGGUCUCUUCUUCUAAAAUCGCCAUGUCUGAACCCAUCAGAGUCCUAGUGACUGGAGCUGCAGGACAAAUUGCAUACUCUCUGCUCUACAGCAUUGCGAAGGGUGAUGUCUUUGGCAAAGAUCAGACCCUCAUCCUUGUAUUGUUGGAUAUCACUCCCAUGAUGACUGUGUUGGAUGGUGUACUUAUGGAAUUGCAAGACUGUGCUCUUCCACUGUUAAGAGAGGUCAUUGCAACUGACAAAGAAGAAGUUGCAUUUAAAAACCUUGAUGUAGCCGUUCUGGUUGGCUCCAUGCCAAGGAAAGAGGGCAUGGAACGGAAAGAUCUCCUCAAGGCCAAUGUGAAGAUUUUUAAGUCUCAAGGUGCAGCGUUGGACAAGUAUGCAAAGAAAUCUGUUAAGGUUAUUGUGGUCGGUAAUCCAGCAAAUACCAACUGCCUGACUGCUUCAAAGUCUGCUCCAUCCAUACCAAAAGAGAAUUUCAGUUGUCUAACUCGACUGGACCACAACAGAGCUAAAUCCCAGAUUGCUCUGAAAGUUGGUGUGACUGCUAACGAUGUAAAGAAUUGUAUCAUCUGGGGGAAUCACUCCUCUACUCAAUAUCCAGAUGUUAACCAUGCCAAGGUGAAAGUGCAAGGAAAAGAAGUUGGAGUUUAUGAAGCUGUGAAAAAUGAUAACUGGCUGAAGGGUGACUUCAUUUCAACUGUUCAGCAGCGGGGUGCAGCUGUUAUCAAGGCCAGGAAGCUAUCGAGUGCGAUGUCAGCAGCCAAAGCUAUCUGUGACCAUGUGAGGGACCUCUGGUUCGGCACUCCAGAGGGUGAAUUUGUUUCUAUGGGUGUCAUUUCUGAUGGAAACUCAUAUGGUGUCCCAGAGGAUCUUAUUUAUUCAUUUCCUGUUGUAAUAAAGAAUAAAACAUGGAAGUUUGUUGAAGGCCUUCCUAUUAAUGACUUCUCCCGUGAAAAGAUGGAUUUGACAGCUAAGGAAUUAAGCGAAGAAAAGGAGAUGGCUGUGGAGUUUCUCUCCAGUGCAUGACUACAUGCUCCUCAGAAUGGGGGAGACUGCUUAAACACAGAAGAGUCUAAAAGCCGUCUCUAAAUCCAACAUAAAAUAUGACUGCUCUGUCAGCCAGUUGUUGUUCUUGUGGCAGUCCUUUCAAUACUUGCUUUGUUGGUACAUCUGUGCCUGUUGCUGAGAGCUCUUAGUAAUGAGAUGAUUGCAUAACCAGUUCCAAAAGUAGUUUGCAGACUUGACCAAACCUCCUUGAUUUGUUACUGUUUGCUUCUUGUAAUUGCAUAGCACACAUGACAUCUUUGCCUUAGUGAUAGAAUGGUUAGCAGCUUUUCAGCUUCAGUUUACACCAAAACCUACUGCACAAUUUUGACUAUGAUGAAUGUACUGUGUACUGAUCAUCACUGACUCUUUAAAGCAUUCAUUAUAAACUACUAUUAAAUGUUGUUGACGAAGCACUCCUAUCUUUUUUUUCCCUGUGCUGUUCUGUUAACUUGCUUUCGUUUAAAUAUAUAAAACCAAUCUUUACCAGAACAUUGUUUUGUGAAAUGCUAAAAUAAAGUAAAUGCUGGACACACA